CUAUCAGUAGUUCAAAAGCAAAAGAAAUUAUAGGAAAAUACAUAGUUUGGCAGUACCGGCGAAAGCUAGUAGUUAUAUCCACGACUCCCAAAAAAGACCACCCAGCUAAACACCCAUCGGCGUUGGGUAUGCGGCAACGAAACCGGCACCUCGCCGGAUUCUCUCUUAUCCUCGUCGUUUUCUCUCUCCUCCCUCUGUAUAUCCUUUGCCGCCCUUACGUCCUCGUCCUUACUCAAGAGGAUCUAAAGGAUUCUGUCAACAACCCUAGCGAAGAACCCAACCCCAUCUCCGAUCCGGACUCCUCGGAGUGGGAUGAGUUCGGCGAGGCCGAGUCCAAAUCAGAGGAGGAACUUGACCCUGGUUCAUGGCGCCCAGUUCUUGAAGAAGAGCCCGAUUGGACAGCGAGUCACGACGAAUCAUUGUAUUACUCGGGCGUGUCGAAGAUGGUGGCUGCGGCGAGUUCAGGCGAGUUGAGAUUGAUGGAGGAGGCGUCGUCGGAGAUUGAGGCUGCCGCGAAGGCUGGUGAUCCUCAUGCUAGGUCUGUGCUUGGGUUUUUGUAUCAUAUGGGGAUUGGAAGAGAGAGAAACAAGGCAAAGGCGUUUUUGUACCAUAAUUUUGCUGCAGUUGGGGGUAAUUUGCAGUCUAAGAUGGCUCUUGCUCAUUUCUAUUCUCGCCAAGAUAUGUUUGACAAAGCAGCUAAACUUUAUGGUGAAUUAGCUGAAGUGGCAGUGAAUAGUUUUUUGAUAUCAAAGGAUUCACCUGUUGUAGACCCAGUAAGGAUUCAUGUUGGAGCUGAGGAAAACAAGGAGGCUUUAAGGAAGUCACGAGGGGAAGAUGAUGAGGAUUUUCAGAUACUUGAGUACCAGGCACAAAAGGGAAAUGCUGGGGCAAUGUAUAAGAUUGGCAUAUUUUAUUAUUUUGGACUCAGAGGUUUGCGUCGUGACCUUUCCAAGGCAUUGUCCUGGUUCUUGAAAGCAGUCGAGAAAGGAGAGCCCAGGUCAAUGGAGCUCCUCGGGGAGAUAUAUGUAAGGGGAAGUGGAGUGGACAGAGAUUAUACAAAGGCUUUGGAAUGGCUUACUCUUGCAGCUAAACAACAACUUUACUCAGCUUAUAACGGCAUUGGAUAUUUAUAUGUCAAAGGCUACGGGGUGGAGAAGAAGAAUUUUACGAAGGCAAAAGAGUUAUUUGAAAAAGCGGCUGAUAAUGAGGACUCAGGUGGCUACUAUAAUCUUGGGGUCUUGUAUCUCAAAGGGAUGGGGGUAAAGAAAGAUGUGAAGCUGGCUUGCAAAUAUUUUAUAAUGGCUUCAAAUGCUGGGCAACCGAAGGCUUUCUAUCAGUUAGCAAAGAUGUUUCAUACUGGUGUGGGUCUAAAGAGGAAUCUACAAAUGGCCACUGCAUUGUACAAGGUAGUUGCGGAACGUGGACCAUGGAAUUCCUUGUCUAGGUGGGCACUAGAGGCCUACUUGAAGGGUGACGUAGGUAAAGCAUUACUCCUGUACUCCAGGAUGGCAGAACUGGGUUAUGAGGUAGCACAAAGUAAUGCUGCGUGGAUUCUUGAUAAAUUUGGGGAACGUAGCAUGUGCAUUGGAGCAUCUGGGUUAUGUAUAGAUGCUGAAAGACAUCAACGUGCACGUUCUUUAUGGUGGCAGGCUUCCGAGCAGGGUAAUGAACAUGCGGCCUUGUUGAUAGGAGAUGCAUAUUAUUAUGGCCGGGGUACGGAUAGAGAUUAUGAACGUGCUGCUGAGGCAUAUAUGCAUGCCAAAUCUCAGUCUAAUUCACAAGCUAUUUUUAAUCUUGGGUACAUGCAUGAGCAUGGUCAGGGACUUCCUUAUGAUCUUCAUCUUGCAAAACGCUACUAUGAUCAAGCUCUGGAGACUGAUUCUGCAGCAAAAUUACCUGUCACCUUCGCACUUGCAAGUUUAUGGGUUAGGAAAAAUUAUGCCAACAGCUUUCUGGUGCACACAAUUGAUUCUCUUCCAGAAGUGUAUCCAAAACUUGAAGCAUGGAUUGAGAACGUCCUCAUGGAGGAAGGAAAUGCUGCAAUACUUACUCUUUUUGUUUGCCUGUUAACUGUCCUUUACCUUCGUGAGUGGCAACGUAGGCAUGCUGUUGUUCCUCAGGCUGAUGAAGUUGCGCAGCAGCUCAAUGAGGAGCUCAUUCAAGCGCCACACUGAUCCGUCAUGCUUUUGUAGCGUAGGGCCAUUGAGUUGUGUUAUAUGUAAGAAUUCUAAUUCCUUUUCCCCUUUUUUUGGGGGUACAACCAACUACUCAAAGCAGCUCUUAAUUUGUGAAUAGUACAUCUACAAUUGAAGCCAUUGUACAUCAGAAACUCUAUAUCAUUGCCAUUUUCUACUUAAAUUGGAGAAGAAAGAAUUUAAUCAAUAAA